AUGAGGGAAUGCAUAUCAGUCCAUGUGGGUCAAGCGGGAGUUCAGAUUGGCAAUGCCUGCUGGGAACUCUUCUGCCUGGAACACGGAAUUCAGGCAGAUGGCACCUUUGGUGCCCAAGCCAGCAAGAUUAAUGACGACGACUCAUUCACCACCUUUUUUAGUGAAACCGGCAAUGGGAAGCAUGUGCCCCGGGCUGUCAUGGUAGACCUGGAGCCUACAGUCGUAGAUGAGGUUCGGGCAGGAACCUACCACCAGCUCUUCCAUCCAGAGCAGCUGAUCACAGGAAAGGAGGAUGCAGCUAACAACUAUGCCCGGGGCCACUACACAGUGGGCAAGGAGAGCAUUGACCUGGUGCUGAACUGCAUAAGGAAGUUGACAGAUGCCUGCUCUGGUUUGCAGGGCUUCCUGAUCUUCCAUAGUUUUGGUGGGGGCACUGGCUCUGGCUUCACUUCUCUACUGAUGGAACGCCUCUCCUUGGAUUAUGGCAAGAAGUCCAAGCUAGAGUUUGCUAUCUACCCAGCCCCCCAGGUCUCCACUGCAGUGGUUGAGCCCUAUAACUCCAUCUUAACCACCCACACCACACUGGAACAUUCAGAUUGUGCUUUCAUGGUAGAUAAUGAAGCCAUCUAUGACAUCUGCCGCAGGAACCUAGACAUUGAGCGCCCCACCUAUACCAACCUCAACCGCCUUAUUAGCCAAAUCGUAUCUUCCAUCACUGCCUCUCUCCGCUUUGACGGGGCCCUCAAUGUGGACCUCACUGAAUUCCAGACCAACCUGGUGCCCUACCCCCGCAUCCACUUCCCACUGGUCACCUAUGCACCCAUCAUUUCUGCUGAGAAAGCCUAUCAUGAACAAUUCUCCGUGGCUGAGAUAACCAGCUCCUGCUUUGAGCCCAAUAGCCAGAUGGUAAAGUGUGACCCAAGACAUGGCAAGUACAUGGCCUGCUGCAUGCUCUACCGUGGGGAUGUGGUGCCAAAGGAUGUGAAUGUCGCUAUUGCCGCCAUCAAAACCAAGAGGACCAUCCAGUUUGUAGACUGGUGUCCUACUGGCUUCAAGGUGGGCAUCAACUACCAGCCACCCACUGUGGUGCCAGGAGGGGACCUGGCCAAAGUCCAGCGGGCUGUCUGCAUGUUGAGCAACACCACAGCGAUUGCAGAGGCCUGGGCCCGCCUUGACCACAAGUUUGACCUCAUGUAUGCCAAGCGGGCUUUUGUCCAUUGGUAUGUUGGAGAGGGUAUGGAAGAAGGAGAAUUUUCUGAAGCUAGGGAGGACCUAGCUGCCCUAGAGAAGGAUUAUGAAGAAGUGGGGACUGAUUCAUUUGAAGAAGAAAAUGAAGGGGAGGAAUUUUAA